AUGGUCCAGAUCAGUGAAGUCAAGGGCAAUUCGCGCGACAACAGAACAGCUGCCCACACGCAUAUCAAGGGCCUCGGUCUACGUCCAGAUGGAACCGCAGAAGUCUCCAGCGAUGGAUGGGUAGGACAGGCGGCUGCUCGAGAGGCAUCCGGUGUUGUGGUGGACUUGAUCAAGGCGAAGAAGAUGGCCGGCCGGGCUGUUUUGCUUGCUGGUGGCCCGGGAACUGGAAAGACUGCUCUUGCUCUCGCCGUGUCUCAGGAGCUUGGGACGAAGGUCCCUUUCUGCCCGAUCGUCGGCAGUGAGAUAUACUCCGCAGAGGUGAAGAAAACCGAGGCGCUUAUGGAAAACUUUCGGAGAGCUAUUGGUCUCCGUGUACGGGAAACGAAGGAAGUCUACGAAGGAGAAGUCACAGAACUCACACCCCAAGAGGCCGAGAAUCCACUGGGAGGAUAUGGCCGCACAAUCAGCCAUCUGAUCAUCGGGUUGAAGUCUGCAAAAGGCACAAAGAAGCUACGCUUAGACCCCAGCAUCUACGAAGCGAUCCAGAAAGAGCGUGUCACAGUCGGAGAUGUCAUCUACAUUGAAGCGAACACGGGAGCUUGCAAGCGAGUGGGGCGAUCUGACGCCUAUGCGACCGAGUUCGAUCUCGAGGCCGAAGAAUACGUCCCAGUUCCGAAGGGCGAGGUCCACAAGAAGAAGGAAAUCGUACAAGACGUGACACUACAUGACUUGGAUAUCGCCAACGCCCGGCCGCAGGGUGGUCAAGAUGUUAUGAGUAUGAUGGGACAACUCAUGAAGCCCAAGAAGACUGAGAUCACAGACAAGCUGCGACAAGAGAUCAAUAAGGUAGUGAACCGCUACAUUGACCAAGGAGUUGCAGAGCUUGUUCCUGGUGUUCUCUUCAUCGAUGAGGUCCACAUGCUUGAUAUUGAAUGCUUCACAUAUCUCAACCGCGCCCUUGAAUCCUCGAUAUCGCCAAUUGUCAUUCUCGCCUCAAAUCGCGGCCACACCGUCAUCCGCGGCACCGACGACGUCUCUGCCGCUCACGGUAUCCCUCCCGAUCUUCUUGCCCGUCUCCUCAUUAUUCCGACCCACCCCUACUCUCCCGACGAAAUCAAGACCAUCAUUCGUCUCCGCGCGAAGACAGAAGGCCUCAACAUCACCGACCCCGCUCUAGACAAGGUUGCCGAGCACGGUAGCAAGGUCAGCCUCCGGUAUGCCCUACAACUUCUGACACCGGCUAGCAUCCUUGCUCGGGUCAAUGGGCGGCCGGGAGGAAUCGAGGAGGCGGACGUUGCGGAAUGUGAAGACCUCUUCCUUGAUUCCAAGCGAAGUGCAGCGAUUGUGAACCAAGAUAGCGAGAAAUUCCUUAUUUGA